ACCACUUCUCACCGUGAAAUGUAAAAUAGAAAGCGUAUACCUUGUUGUGUAUUGAUAAAUAAAGACAUAAUAAAACUCGUAUGUUUAUGUGGUGACUUAAACCUUAAAGACGGGACGGGAAAUACGGACUUUGUCCAAUUCUAACGUCGGAAACUGUGGAAUAUAUUGAUUUUUAAUGGUUAUACAGGCAACUAAGUAACAAACAGUUAAAUAUAGGAUAAAACUAUUGUCAAUGAAACGGUGUUUUAUAUCUGACGAUAUAGGAAAAUCUAUACACUGUACAUCUAACACACCUGAGUUUACCUGUUCGUCGCAUAUGCGUAGCUUAAAAGGAAGCACGUAUUGAAUUUACUAUUUACUUUCUUGUUUUGUGACACAGUGUAGUUUUCUGUUUUCAUUUGAAUAGUUAGAUUUGGUGCGCUUUCAAAAUGAUCUGAUUUUACAACUGAAUGGUUUAAUUUUCUUUUAUAUUUUUUUAUCAUUGUGUUUUAUGGGAAAUUAUUAAAAAAACGGUACAAAAAUGAGUUUGAGAAAGUUAAAGUUGUUCAAAAUUAUACAGACUGGUACCACCGAGGCCAUCUUAAAGGCCUUAAUGGAAUACCUUAAGAGUGGAAAGGACCCUAACAUACGAGAUGAUGUGACAGGAGGGACUUUACUCCAUCUUAUAGUAGAGAACGGUGACCGGUUUAUCACCGGCCAGACGGUGUCGGGGGUCUAUAUGCUCGUUUGUAAGGAUAUAGACAUCGACGCCACGGACAACAUGGGAGAGACCGGGCUGCAUAAGGCUAUGAGGAUCAAGGGCGGAUACAGGAUCAUACUCGCAUUAAUGAGAUGCGGCGCCGACACCUCUAUAAAGAACAAUAAUGAUCUUGAUGCGGAAACUCUGUUGGAGAAAGAGAGACCGGAUGGCUGGGAGGAGAACCUGCAUUGGUACCGGAAACUCAAACCUGGGUUAUGGUGCGCAUUGAAUUGCGAAAAUCCAGACCGGAAGUUGGUUGAGACGCUGCUUAAGAAUUGGUGUCGUGUGACGACGGUGAAACAAGGGAAGGUGACCAGUAUGAAGUUCCUGGUAGAAAACGACAUACAUAAAGUAGAUCUACUUCAGAUGCUGGAGAAGUACGAAAACACAAACGAGCUUGCCCUAGCCACUACUGCUGGCAUGGGCUUUAUUGUCAGAAUGUGGGUCAAACAAGGUAUUAUAAGCAAUAUGGACGUGAACGUGAAGGAUAAUUGUUAUCAGUACCACUGGUCGGACACACCCGUGUCUCCACGCCCAAUAAUUGCAGCGUCCUGGGAAUCGAACAAUUACGAGGCUGUUGACGUCAUCAUGGAGUUGAAUCCAGACACGAGAGUGCUAUGGACCCCAGAUCAUGAAUAUAAAAAUCCACCCAAACCAGUGUUCUUUCAAAUUCUUUGCGGACUCGGUGCACCGUAUGAUGAAAAAAUCACAAUGCGCGUGCUAAAAGGAAGUGAUCUCACAGCACGUGAUAACACUGGACAGACGAUAUUACACGUGGCUGUUUCCACCAAUCAGUCGGAUACUAUAUUUAGACAUAUAUUACAGUGUGGUGUUGAUUUGGCUUCACGUGACUGCCAUGGAAGAACUGCGCGUGAUUUAGCCGAAAAAUUAAAUCGUCCAAAAUAUGUUAGACUUAUUGAUGACUUUGUCAUCAAACUAGUGAAAGACAAGAAAUUUGAACAAGUAGAAAAACUGAUUUUAACAAACUAUGAUCACAUAUUGGAUAUAAGUGAGGGUAAUAAAUCUAUGACGGAAAUUGCCAAAAAGUCGAGCACGAGGAAUAUUUCUGAAAUUGUGAAGCUAACAGCCCCGAUACAGGCAUAUGUGCGGCGUGUUUUCCAGUCAGUAGAUGACGGACAGACGGAAGAUCUGAAGAAGCUGUUAAGCUGCAAGCGGUAUGGCGAGGUUCGAGACAGGUGCGGCCGGACCGUCCUGCACAGAGCCAUACUUAAACGGCGCGAAGAGAUCACCUUGUACCUCUUGGAGGAAUUCCCGAGCCUCAUUAACUCCAGGGAUAGUCUUGAUAGGACACCCCUCCACUACGCAAACCUGUUCGCAGAGAACCCCGACACGGUCAACCGGAUGACGAAACUUGGUGCUGACCCUAAACUCUUUGACGCCAAUGGAUUGACUACAAAUGACUACAAGAAAGACGUUUGUGGAAAUCAGAAGUUUCAACGUUUACAGAAAGAGGUGUCAGACUUUGAUUUAAAUGUAUAUUUGUCAGAAACGGAUUUUGAAACCACGUUUAAACGUGCAAUUUCGAGUGGAGACUUGGAAACGGUAAAGUCAUUAGUGAUGGGGUUGAAGAGUUUUGGGGACGUUUCACGCUAUAGUAGCACCCUUUUUGAUUGUCUGGACAGCAGAGCAGUAGAAAUUGCAAAAUUUCUCAUUGUUAAUGGAUUCCAAACAGACGUUUAUAAACAGUACAACAAAUGCGAUCCCAACGACGCUUUGUGCGCAAUGAUGGAAUGCGGACAUUCUAUGACGUCACUGAAAGAACGCGCGCAAGAGUUGAAACUUGAGGACAUUUCUCGAAUGAUCGACGCUGCAUCGAAUGGAAAGACGCAAAUAACUCGCCUUUAAAACCAAAAAAGCUUAAGCUACAGAAGGCGGAGGAAGUGACCUUACCAGGGUAUGGGCUCGCCUAAGACGUAUCACCAGCAUUAUCAACACACGAUUUGUCAAAGCAUAGUACUUUGUUUUUGUAUUCGUCACAUUGUUUUUUUUGUGUAGAAGCAUAGCUGUAUUAAAGUGACAUUUCAGUUGUUUUCCAUGACGUCAUGUGACGAGAAAGUUCAUGACACUUGUAAGCAUGAGAGUUGUGUGACGUAAGCUAUGUCGUAAUUUGAAUAUACAGUUAAUCUACAAACUUAUCAAGUGAAUAAACUUACGUAUAAACAAGACAUUACAUUGGGAGAUGGAAAUAUGCAUAUUGUGUAGACACGGAAAUGAAUGUGACGUCAUUAGGUCUUGAAUAUCUGUCGUCUGCGUGCUUGCUGAUUUACAUAUUACUUACUAUAAUUAUAUCUACUUACUUUUUCCCAAUCGGAUUCAGAACGCAUUUUACGUCUUAAGCUGUUUAAAAUUGUGUUCAGAAAAUAAGAAUUAAGGCGAUAGGCUUGUUCUACUACUGAGCCUCGUUCUGAUAAUUAGAACAGUCUCGCUGGCUCGCUCUAAUACUUAGGACAGCAUCGAUCAGACAUUGAGAACAGCCUCGUUCUGAUAUUGAGACUAGCCUCGUUCUGAUGUCAAUGACAGCUUCGUUUUCAACAGCCUCAUGUUUGUAUAAUAUUGACUGCCCAUUCUGUUGUUAUUGUUGUUAAAUAUAUCGUUAUGUGUUAAUCCGUUAAAAAAAGACAUAAUACAACUUGUUGUCGAUUUUCAUUUGUUUAAAUACUUUUUUAUGACGCUUAAAUUUCUUGGACGCUUCAUGUUUACCAAUGCCUGAGUUAUACAAUAAUUGUAUGAUUAUGAGUCUAUAUGGACCUUGAUAAUGUGAUAUUUACCGAGGUCGAAGGUUUGGAUUUUCAACAAAAUCAUCAUACAAUAGCUAUUUUCUUAUAUGACCAAGUUAAAUAAAAUUCUUCAUUUCGUAGAUUUCGAAAUUUAAAAAGUUUUUCGAUUUCUUUUUUUUUUUUUUGCACUCGAGAAUAAUUAAAAUUACGUUAAGAAUGUAUGAUAAGUCAUUGCAGGGUUUUAUUGAUAGUUUCUGGUUUUGAUUUUUUGAUCCUUUAGAUUUUUCCAAACAUAAAAAGUACUCCCGUGUUUAAACAUUUGAGUUGCUUCUUACACAACGAACAAACCUUUCUACAUCUACCUGUUUUAUAAAUGUUGUUCAGCAAUGCUUGCGUUUCUUUAUAAGCAACUUAUUCAACUAUGUGUUCUUUAUUAGUGUUCUUGAAAAUGAAAUUGCGAUGUUCAUUUUACAAAAAAGCAUGCAGCUUGAAAAUAGUUUACAAGCUUAAUGGACAUUUUUUCGCUUUGUAUUUUUUUUCAGUAUUUAUAUUUGCCUUUAACGUUGGGAUUCUAUUUUCUAAACACAAUCAUGAUGUUUGUUGGAGUAAGAUUGUUUUGAAAUCAAAUCAUGAACUUUAUUAUGCAGCAUCAUUUAAGGGUUGUUUUUUUUUAAUUGAUAAAGAACAGCUGAAAAUAGUAAACAUUUAUGUGGUGUUUGGGGCCGGGCUAAAAAUAACAGAUCUAUAGAUCCAAAGAUCGAUAUGCAUAAAUAGCUUUGAUUUUUCUUUUAAUAAAAUCGUAGAAAUAUGGUGACACAAUUGCUCUUUUAGUAAAAUGGUAGAGCUUUGGUGAUAAAAAGUAACCAAUUCAAUCAUAUUUUGCAAGAAUCUUGAAAUCGGUCUCUUUGAUUGUUAAUAUUAUUUUUUAAUUUCUAAAAUUUGUCAUUCAUAUUUUUGUUAAGGGUGAUUUAUUGAAAGUAUCUAGACGUAACUAGACGUGUAUCUGACAAAUGUUGUGUUCGUAAUACCUAAAGUUUUAUCUGAUUUUUGUUACGAAUGUAUUUUCUUAGAGAUCUAUCAACUGUUCAUAAAACAUUUGAGAUAUAUAAUAAUUUACUAAAUUUCACUUACAUCAAAGGAUAAAAAAGAACGAAAGAUAAUAUCCCCAGUAUUUUUGUUGUUGUUUUAAGUUUUUAAAGUUACAGUGUUAAUGUUAGAAUUAAAAAAAAAGAUGUAAUUUUGUUUUAAACUUUUUUUAAGCUGUGAUGAACUUAAGUGUGUAAACUGCAGAAAAGACUGGUUAGUGUCAAGCGUGGAUCGAGAUGGGUUAGGCGGAACCCGACUAAAAAAAUAGCAAUAUUUUGUUCGGCAACUCUUUAUUUUGUUCCAUAAAAAAGACAUACUAAGUCAAGACUCCAAGAAAUGCCAAUUAAAGAUGAAAACAAUGUAAAACAGUUUCUGAAAUAACAUAUCAGUACAUCAUUCGCAGAGCAGCUUAAUUUGUGAGACAGGUAUUUUGGAUUUGGGUUGUUGCCGAAAGCUGUUGCGUUUUAAAGCCUAAGUUCUGUGUUACGGUUUACCUUCUGGAAUGAAUACAAAUGUAUUUGGUACUGUUGUUGAAAAGGGGGUUAUGUGCGCUUCGAACAGAGGGCCGCUCCGCUCUGCCAGAUGCUGCACUUCAGAUUGUUUUGUUUACUUGUGAUCCCAAUAUUAAACAACAAUUUAGUCUUAAACUUUUAUGAAACCGCGUACAAGCAUUUAAGAAAUUUGGCAUUUUCUUUUGAUGUUUUAUUGUGAAUAUUUUGUGCUUCUGCAUGACUGUAGUAAAGUUGCCAUUGUGAAAGAAAAGGAAAAAAAAGUAGAAAAUAUUGUUGUUGUUUUUGCACAAGAGUCCAUUGGUGUUUCUUUUAGUGUUUUAUUUCUUUAAUGGUAUUAUUAUUCUUCAACUUUUUGAGUUUCCAGAUUGAUUCCAAACAGUACUCUAACAUUACAAAAUUAUUCUCUUUUUUCUCCGCACGAUGUUUAAAUCUUAACAUGUAUGAACGACUAUAUGCGAACAAUUUAUUUUGGUCGAAACAGAUUUUUGAUAAACAUAAAGAACAUUUCUAUGUAGUCAAUUAUUAUAUUUUUGUAUUAUCUUUUUUUUUCCUGUUGGCCUCAUACAUUUUAUAAUUAGUUCAAUUGAUUAUAUUAAGAUUUGAAUCAUUAUUAAAUAUCUAUACAUACAAAAACUUUGUUUAAUACUAUUGUUGACAGUUUUAUCAAAAUGUUCUGUAGUAAAAAAAAUAAAAGUGUAAUACUAAA